CUCAUUCCUGCAAUUAUUCGGUCAUUUGGGAACGAUUCACGUUCUUGAGCAUUAUGGAGGUUUCUGUGGCAAUCUUGUUACUCGGGGUCCUGCUAGUUCUACUCUGGUUACUUGACAAAAAGAAGAGCAGCAGGACGCGUGGUCUUCCUCCAGGCCCGCUCGCACUUCCUCUUGUAGGAAACCUGCCACAGCUGGACAAACACGUUCCUUUUAAAAGCCUCCUUAAGCUGAGUGAAACGUACGGCCCGGUGAUGACGGUGCACUUGGGCUGGCAGCGUGCAGUGGUCCUGGUAGGCUACGAGGCCGUCAAAGAAGCUCUCGUGGACCAGGCGGACGACUUCACCGGCAGAAUGCAGAUCCCAUUCCUCGUCAAAGCCACCAGGGGCUAUGGUUUGGGCAUCAGCAACGGUGAGCGCUGGCGUCAGCUUCGACGUUUCACCCUGACCACGCUGCGGGAUUUCGGGAUGGGCCGCAAAGGGAUGGAGGCGUGGAUCCAGGAAGAGAGCAAACACAUGAGGGCCCACAUUGACACUUAUAAAGCCACCCCCUUUGACCCGUCCUUCCUGCUGAGCUGCUCAGUAUCCAACGUGAUUUGCUCCCUGGUGUUCGGCCAACGCUUUGACUAUGAGGACGCCGACUUCCUGCGGCUGCUUUCGAUCAUUUUAGAAAUAGUCCAGUUUGUGGCCAGUCCUCUGGGGCAGUUGUACAACAUUUUUCCGUGGCUGAUCGAGCAUCUUCCUGGUUGUCAGCACAAGGUGUUUGGACACAUGGAGGUGGUGCGAUCUUUUAUCAAUGAGAAGAUCCAGCAGCACCAAGACUCCAUGGAGCCUGGCACACCCCGAGACUACAUCGACUGCUUCCUGAACCGCAUCCAACAGGAGAAGCACAACGAGGCCACUGAAUUCUUCUACGAGAACCUGCAGGCCACAGUCAUGAAUCUCUUCAUGGCAGGAACCGAAACCAGUAGCUCCACCAUCAGAUAUGCCCUCAGUGUGUUCAUCAAACAUCCCGAAGUACAAGAGAAAAUGCAGCAGGAGAUCGACGGCGUGAUUGGACGAGAGCGCUGCGUCAACAUGGAGGACAGGAAGUUCAUGCCUUUCACGGACGCUGUCAUCCACGAAGUGCAACGCUUCCUUGACAUCGUCCCCUUCAGCAUGCCGCACUGCACGCUCCGUGACGUCCCGUUCCGAGGCUACACCAUUCCCAAGGACACCAUCAUCGUGCCCCUGUUGCAUUCUGUGCUGAAAGACGAGACACAGUGGGCGGAUCCUCGAACCUUCAAUCCGCAACACUUCCUGGACCACAACGGCAACUUUAAGAAUAACCCGGCGUUCAUGCCUUUUUCAUCAGGAAAAAGAGCUUGCGUCGGGGAGUCUCUGGCCCGCAUGGAACUGUUCAUCUUCCUGGUCUCGCUGUUGCAACAUUUCAGCUUCUCCUGCCCGGGGGGUCCGGACAGCGUGGACCUGACCCCAGAGUACAGCAGCUUUGUCAACAUGCCUCGACGACACCAGCUCGUUGCCAUGCCACGCUGACACCUGCACCCUCAACCAGUCAAUCGGAGUAUUUGUUAUUCACCUUUAUCAUGGGUGUUCUCAAACUUUUUGGGUCCCCCAACCCCAAUAAUUAUAAUAAUAAUACAUUUUAUUUCAAGUGUCUUUCAAGAAACCCAAGGACACUGAACAAUAAAAUAGUGGUUAAAAUCACAGAGAGAAAAUUAAUAAAAUAAUGUAAAAUUGCAUGAAGAUACAAACAUAUAUUCAAAAUGAAUAACAUACACAAUAUUGAGGCAAUAUUGAAUAGGUGCGUUCUGAGUCUGGAUUUGAAGAGAAGAAAAGAGUCAAUGUUGCGGAUGGCAGGUGGCAGGGAGUUCCAGAGUUGGCUCUGCUCCCCUUGCAGGCUGAACAUUGAGGGGAAGAGAGGAGGAGGAUCGGAUGGAGCACACUGAAGUGGCGGCCGGACACAUAAGGAGGGCGGAGAUGAUCAAUUCCCAUGAACGUGUGUAAAAUAAUUUUGAAUUGAAUUCUGUAGAUUACUGGGAGCCAAUGGAGUUGCUGUAAAAUGGGGGUGAGAUGGUGGUACUGGGGUGUUUGGUGAUCAGACAGGCUGCAGAGUUUUGAACCAGCUGGAGUUUCCGGAGAGAUUUUUCAGGAAGAGCAAAAAGAAGAGAAUUACAGUCAUCGAGGCGGGAAGUAACGAGGCUGAGGUGAGGGAGGGGCGGAGCCGGCUGAUAAUGCAAAGGUGAAAGUAUGAUGACCGGGUAAUGUGAUUUUAAACGAGAGAGAGCGGUCGAGGAUGACACCCGGACUCUUUACUUGAGGGGAAAGAGACAGUGGAGUUGUCAAUUGUUAGGGUGAAACUGUCAACUUUCACCAACCGAUGUUUAUCAUCAGAUCAUAAUGUGUGUGUGUGUGUGUGUCCACUAAUUAAGUACUGACAACAUGGACAUGCAAAGAGAAAAUGUGAAAACAAAUUAUUCUGUAUGUAAUAAAUAAGCUACAUCCUG